CGGCCAUUUCAGUUGCUGUUUGACUGCCGGAGGAGUUUGUUGUGCAUUUUUUUUUGGUGCGCGGCGUGCCACGGAUUACAACCACAACUACAGCUACAUACACACACUAAGCGGUCAAAUUAAGUAUUGUUUUUUUUUGUUUUCGUUAACCGAACUCGCAAGUGCCGUGCAAUUAUUUUGUUCUAAUUUUGUUAACCGAAAUUAAAAAACCGUCGACACUUUUUGACAAAAAACAACGCAACAACCGAAUCAGCGUACGAAAAGAAAAAUCAAAAGAAAUAGAAUCACAAACAACGAAGCAGCUAAGUAAGAGGCGAGUAAAGAAGAGAGUGGCAGAAGAAGACACUGCGGAUGAAAUGUAGCAGAAUUCUUCUUCUUCUUCUUCUUCUAAUGUUCUGUGUGCGGUGACGAAGUGACGCCAAAAGCAACCGAGAGAAGAAAAUAAGGAGAACGUAAGGAGAAAGACGGCAGAAGAAAGAGCUCAAAAAACAUAAAACACAAACUCACACGCUGGCAGAACGGUUAACUGAAACGCAAGGCAAUAACAAAGCAACAAUGAAUCAACCGGUUUGAAGACCGCCACCUAGCCACCAAGCCACCAAAGCCACCAAUCCACCAAGCCAACCAUAUCCAACAAUCCGAUCCAGAGAUUGUCAGCACUAUAGCGCAGGUUAGCCCGAAGACGAAGGCGAAGGAGAUCGGGAACUCAAUCAGUUUUACCCACUGACCGGAGGAGGAGAUAGUGCGUGUCGAGAGAAGUCACAACCGGAGCCAUGGACUGGGCCGAAGGUGAUCUGGUCUGGUUCGAUCCGGGCAUGGGACAUCCCAUACCAGGCGAGAUCCAGGAAGUGCAUCGAGCUGCCCAGGUGAUUGUUGUCCAGGCGCUCAUCAAAGGCAAGAUGCGCAUCGUUCGGUUCCAUUUGGAGCCGUGGCAACGCGGUGGCGGAGGAUCUGUGACACCUAGUCCCGCCCAAUCGCCCUCGCUGGCUCUACUCUCGCCGCAUGUACUGCGUCGCCAGCGUCCAGCUAGUCUCGAGGAUCUCGAUGAUCUGCCAUCCCAUCUCUCGGCCAAACAUCCGGCUCUGCCCUCCAGUCGUCUGAGACGUCUCAAAUGCCGAUAUCCCCAAGUGGUCAAGCGGCUGUCCACCCUUUGUAGCGAUGUGAUAGCACGCCAUCCACAGACGUUCGCCCUGCAACCGGGCGAGGGCAGCCUUAGGGCUCGCCAGGAUUUGGGCAGCAGCGGUGUGGAGGAUAUGACCCUGUUGGAUGACCUCCACGAGGCGUCGCUGCUUUGGAAUCUGCGUCUGCGCUAUGACAAGGGUCUGAUCUACACGUUUGCCGGCAGCAUCUUGAUCGCAGUUAAUCCCUAUAAGAUGUUCCCAGACGCCUAUGGUCUGGAGGUGGCCAAACAGUAUGCCGGCCGUCCACUAGGAUCCCUGCCGCCCCACCUGUUUGCCAUCGGAGCGGCGGCCCAUGCUGCUUUGCCUUCGCCACAGGUAGUGGUUAUCUCCGGGGAGAGUGGCUCUGGCAAGACGGAAUCCACCAAACUGGUGAUGCAGUAUCUGGCAGCCGUGGUGCCGGGCGGUGGAUCCGCCUCGGCCGUUAUAACCGAGCAGAUCCUGGAGGCAGCUCCCUUGCUGGAGGCCUUUGGCAAUGCACGCACAGCCCGGAAUGACAAUAGCUCAAGGUUUGGAAAGUAUCUGGAGGUGUACUUCAAGAGUGGCGCCAUUGUGGGAGCCAAGAUCACGCAGUACCUGCUGGAGAAGUCGCGUAUCGUGACGCAGGCACCAGGAGAAAGGAACUACCAUGUGUUCUACGAACUCCUGGGCGGACUGUCGGAAACGGAGAGAUCCAAGUAUGGAUUGCUGGAGGCGGACAAGUACUUCUACCUGAAUCAGGGCGCCACGGACUGUGCCAGUGGACGAGUAGACUGGGAGUCCCUACAGGGAGCCAUGCAGGUCCUUGGCGUCUCCGAGGGCGAACGAGAGGGUAUCGUUCGUGUCCUGGCGGCAGUGCUACAUCUGGGCAACGUUUACUUCCACCGCCGGCAACUGAGACAUGGCCAGGAGGGCGUGGAGGUUGGCUCAGAUGCAGAGAUCAAGUGGGCCGCCCACCUGCUGCACAUCAGUGCCGAGGGACUACAUCGUGCUCUGACCAGUCGCACCACCGAAGCUCGAGCGGAGCGUGUGCACACGCCACUUGGUAUCGAUCAGGCUCUGGAUGCCCGAGAUGCCUUCGCCAAGGCUCUCUACGCGGGUCUCUUUAAUUGGCUGGUCUCUCGGAUCAACUCCAUAGUGCAGAAGGGCGGAACUCACGAUGCCCAUCGCAUCAGCAUCCUGGACAUCUUCGGAUUCGAGGAUCUGGCCGAGAACAGCUUCGAGCAGCUGUGCAUUAACUAUGCCAACGAGAACCUGCAGCUGUACUUCAACAAGCACGUCUUCAAGCUGGAGCAGGCGGAGUACGCCCGCGAGCGACUGGAAUGGACUCCACUGGCCUGGGAUGACAAUCUGCCGGUGAUCCAUCUGCUGGCCAAGAAGCCAGUGGGCAUUUGCCACCUCCUGGACGAUGAAUCCAAUUUCCCACGUGCCACCGAUUUGAGUUUCCUGGAGAAGUGCCACUACAAUCAUGCGCUCAGUGAGCUCUAUGCUCGUCCGAGGAUCGGUGCCCAGGAAUUCGGCGUUACCCACUAUGCCGGUCAGGUGUGGUAUUGCGUGGAUGGUUUCCUGGACAAGAAUCGUGAUGCCUUGAGAGGAGAUGUCCUGGAGUUACUCGCCUCCAGUCGAUUACCCUUAGUUGGGGAGCUGACCAAACAGCUUCGUGCCCAGAGAGAUGCCGGAAAGACCCUGCCGAAGGGAAGCAAUGGAAGAUUCGUCACGAUGAAGCCGCGGACACCGACAGUGGCUGCCAGAUUCGCUGAUUCGCUGCAGCAGCUGCUCCAAUCGAUGGGCCGAUGUCAUCCUUGGUUCGUGCGCUGCAUCAAGCCGAAUCAGGAGAAGCACGCCCUACGCAUGGACAUGCCGUGCGUGCUCCAGCAACUGCGAUACCUGGGCAUGCUGGACACCAUUCAGAUCCGGCAGCGUGGCUAUCCGGUGCGCUUGCGUUUCCAGCACUUCGUCGAGCGCUACAGGCAUCUGCUGGCAUCGCCUCUGGCCAGGGGUACACCCUACAGGGAGCUGUGCCGAGCUCUUUUGGAGGCCAUGCCAAGGACUGGAGUGGAGGGUCCGGACUAUCAGCUGGGGGCCACACGAGUCUUCUUACGCGAGGCUCUCCACCGAGCUCUGGAAAGCGGAAGAACAGAGCGUCUCCGGCGAGCGGCAGUUAGUGUCCAGCGCCAUGUGCGCGGCAUGCUGGUCCGCCGGCAGUUGGCUCGUCGUCAGGCGGCCGCCACCCGUCUCCAAGCUCGUUGGCGAGGUCAGAGGGCCCAACAGCGCUACGAUCGCCUCCGCAAGGGAGCACUUACUGUCCAGCGACUUUGGCGAGGACGUCAGGCCAGGAGAAGGGUUCACCAACUACGAUCGGAUCACCGAAGAAGGCAGGAGGCCAGAGAGGCAGCUCAACGAGCUCGCGAGGCACGGGAGGCCAAGCAGGCUGUCCUGGAAAGAAGCCAACUUAGCUAUCUGGACAUACCAGCCGAACUGGCCUUUAUAUAUUCCAAGCUACAAGGCUGGUCACCGCCACAUGGGGAUCGGCACUUGGUCAAGGUACUGGGUACGGUUCCUGGCCCGCCAUCCUCGUCAGUUCAACUCCCCGAGGAUCUGGGCCAGUUCUCUUUUGGCAAAUUCAGCAGUGUCUACUGCAAUGGCUUGAGAUUGCAGCCGAGGAGGGAACCCAUCACAGCUCCACUUCUUACUAGAGCUGCUUCGAGGGAUCAGGACUUCCAAGAUGCCUUGGCCGUGUUCAAACUGAUCCUCCGCUGGAGCAAUGACAAGGCUCUGGAGGGCGCUAAGGAGAAACUCUUGGCUGAUUAUAUAGUGCACAAGGCUCUGAGCUCCAGGGGAUUGCGUGAUGAGAUCCUGGUGCAGCUGUGUAACCAGGUUCAUGGUCUACCGCCCACUUCCAGUGAGGCUACCAGAUUGUGGCAGCUCAUGGGACAGUGCCUAUGCUGUUUCCAGCCCAGCGCUGCCUUCAGCAAAUAUUUGAUGAGAUUCGUCGAUGACGAGGCCCCAGCAUCCUUGAGACCCCUCCUCCUGAGGCAAUUGCUACGCCAGCAGGGUGGUGGCUCAUCGGGCGGUGCAGUCGGUGGUGGUGCCUGCCGCAGCUUUGUGCCCGCUUGGCUGGAGUGGCGUGCCUGGACCAGAGGAUGUGACAUGGCCCUACCCCUAACUUUACCGGACGAGGCCAGUCAAACGGUGGCCGUGGAUUCGUGGACCAGUUGCGAGGAGGCCGCUGCUCUGGCCGUUUCCUCCUUGGGCGUGGCCAGCAGGGGAUGGACUUUGGUACUGGACGAUGGCCAACAGUUAACGGACAGCUGUGGGCUGGACUACGUGAUGGAUUUGAUUGCGGAGAAGGAACUGUGUCCCGCUUUCCCAGCUCCAAGGAGUGAUCUUUUGCGUUCUGGGGCCAAGUUUGCAAGGACCACACUGCCAGAGGCAGUGAAACGUCCAGUGGUUCCACCUCCGGCGCCUCCCACUUCGAAUUCCAAGGAUGAGGUGCCUCGGGAGCGAAGAAGCAGCCGGGAGUUGCUAUCCAGAAGCUCGGCGCUCAACGAACGAUACUUCGAACGCGAGCCAAGUCCAGGACCGGGCCAGGGAUCGAGUCCGGGUCAGGCCAAGUCGCGGUCAAAGUCAUUGGAUGACUUGCUGGCCGGAGAUAUUGUUCCUGUGCCACCAGACUGCGAUUCCCAAGAGCCCCUCCAUACUCUGGGACUCUCGGAGAGUCGUCUUAACGACCGCUAUCAUUCGGCGGAGCGUCUUGCUCCCAUGGGCAAGGAGACAGCUCCACGUUAUCAGAAAUCACAGCAUGCAGGACGCCGAUCGCACGCUGCAUCCCAUGGCUCACACUCCAGCAAGUAUGCGGACAAGGCAGAGUAUGCCACCAGAUCAUCGGCCAUGUCGGACACGAGUGAGGCUCCAUCUUUGGCCUCCCAUGUGAGGCGGGUAAGGGUACCCUCUCAGGCCUCAGAUGUGGAUCAGUUCCUGGACGAUCUAUUCAGUCCAGUGUUGGAUGGCUCUCUGGACGAGCUGUCCGAUGCUAGAUCCUUGGCAGCCAGUAUCCGAGGAGGCAGUUAUCAAUUGGAGAAUGAAGAUGAAUCGGAGAUCGACGACUUGGAUGACUACAUCAAUGAUAUAUUCCAACCGAUACCUUUGGUGGAGAACCUAGACAAGCUGACCAGCAAGAACCAGUUGGCGGCUAUCAUCAAAGGAAGUGGAACGGGUACUAAGCCUGCGGAUGAGGAAGAGGAUUCGGAAAUCGAGGACCUCGAUGACUACAUCAAUGAUAUUUUCCAACCCAUUCCAGUCGCCGACAACCUGGACAAACUAACCAGUAAGGAGCAGUUAGCAUUCAGCAUCCGUGGAGGCGGCAGCACAGACAGCAAUGGAGCUGAUCCUUUGCUUCAUCAGCUUAUGCAGCUUCCCGGCGAGACAGAAUCCGGUCCUGCCCUGUAUCAACAGCAGGUGCAACGGGCUUUCUUGCAAUCGGCAAUGGCCCAGAAUCUACAGAUUCAGCAGCAGCUGUUGGCCCAGAACCAAGCUCUCCAGACGCUUCUCAGUCAGCAGGCGGCAGCGGCCAAUAGCUCCGCAUCGCCGCCACCGGCUCCACCAGUGUUGGGCAGUCUGUCCAUCUCACCACCGCCACCACAGUCUCCACUGCGAAUGAAGACCACACGAAGCAGUUUGGUGGUAAUGGAGGCGAUGCAACCACCGCCACCACCACCACCGCCGCCAAUGCCACCGCCGUUGGAGUGCAAGGAUCCCUCGGAGACGCGACACUUUCUGGAUCCAUAUGGAAGGGCCAAGACCGUACGUAUUGGCAAAUGGCGUUGGCCACCGCCGCAGGAUGAGCCCCAGUUCCAGACCGAGGAGGACUUUUUCGCCUUCAAGAUGCGCCAGCAUCAGCGCAAGACAACGCCACAGGCCCAGCACCAUCAGUUGACCAGCAAUGGUGGCAUGGCGGAAUCGGGUCCUGGUGCCCGUGGCGCCUCGGCCACGGCCAUCGAGUGGGAGGAGUUCGAAAUUGAGAGUCCCACUCCGCCGCCCAUGAGUGGACAGCUCAUGCGAAGCAGCAUUCGUCUGGAAACCACCACUACGACAACAACCACUGCGGCGAUAAACAACAGGGACAGGGACAGGGACAGGGACAGAGAUACCCAGGAUGGAGGACAACCGAUGCAGAGUGUGGUCACCACCAAGCUGGCCAAGAAGAGCUUCGAAAUCGGAGCCGAUCGUCCGCCGCCAGGCAGUGUGGGUAAACUAAAGCUCAGCUCCGAGAUGCGGCAGCGCUUGGAGCAGGUUACGGCUGGCCAUUCGGUGAGAUCCACCGUUUCCACUAAGUCAGAGCAACGAGCUCCGGCCAAACUGGAGGAUACGCGCAAGCUUAUGUUGCAACAGCAGCUGGGCGGACUCUUCGCCAGCGUGACUGGUGGUAAUUCUGGUCCCGGAGGCUCUGGAGGACCCGAUUCCCAUGCCACGGUUCGCACACAAAUCGAGCGGAUGGAGGGCAAACUGUCGCCGCCACCAGCUCCUCCAUCGGGCGGCUGGCCAGGAGUACUUCUGCCACCAGCUCCCAGUGUCCCAGCACCGCCACCACCCAUCCGACCACCUAGCAUGGCACCACCUGCUCCACCGCCAGCACCACAGAGUCCACCCACGACCAGGAGUCCCGAACCGGAGCCAGACUAUCGCACUUCUAGCAGUCAAGUUGUCAAGGAGCAUGUGCCUGCCUUCAUUCAGCGCCAGGAGCGCGACACUUUCGGGGCAGUGCGUCAGCAGCAGAUGAUUAGCAGCCACCACCUGCAUCUGGAGGAUCACUCGGCCUCGUCUUCCCCAGCGGCAGCUGCCUGGGAUCAGGCGGAGAGGGAACGAUCUCGCAGUAGGAGCAGAAGUCGAGAUCGCGAGGAUUACUCUGAGUCUGUGUGGGAUCGGGCGGAAGUGGAGGGUCCUGCUUCUGGAAGUGGCAGUGAGAAGGAGCGUGAGAAACGAGAACGCGAACGUGAGCGUCUCUACGAGAUUCGUCAGGUGGAGCGAGAGCGUGAAAGCCACAAGGUUUAUCAGCCCGCACCACCACGAGUGAUCCAGGCCAGCAUGGACACCACCGGUGGCCAUCGCAGGGAGGACCGUUCCGGCGGACUGGCCACCUUCCGCACGCACAUGGCCCAAAAGUACGAGCAUGAGCGCAAGCGCAAGAGCUCGGCCAGCUCCGGAAUGCGCGAGGAGCUGGACUCGAUGCACAUGACCACGCCGCCGCCCGUAAUUGUGCCGGCUCCGGUGCCACCGCCAUCGUCGUCCAGUCCCGGACUGGGUGUGGGCGUAGUCUCUGGAGUGCUGAUGGGAUCGGGAGCAGGUGCCAGCAGUGCCUGCUUGACCUAUAAUCGGGUACCAUGGAAGCUGCGCGUGCGCAAGGAGGUCUUCCAGCCACACGAACCCAUCGGACCGCCGGUGGCUUUGGACCUGCUCUUUGCCCAGGUACUGGGCGAUGUCUUCGGCGUGACUCCAUGCCUGAGAAUCACGCCGCAGGAGAAGAGCUCCGCCCUAAACAUGCUGCACGGCCAUGGCGUGAGUGUGGACACGCUGUCGAAUAGGAACGGAUCGGGAACAGGUGGAGGAUCUGGUGGGCAGGUGCGUGCCCUGGUCAAGCGUCAUCUGGUGGAUAUGGCACGCGAUUGGCCAUUGUAUUUCGCACGACUCUUUGCCGUCCAAGGAGCACCACUCUAUCCUGAUGUUAGCAUCAUGGGCGUCUCACAUAGUGGCUUGUAUUUGGCUCGCCGGGAUGCCGAUUACCUGAUCGUUGUUCAGGCCAUCUCCUUUGGCGAGAUCCAGAGUGCCGUCACACUGCCGCGUCCAGCGGCACUGCAACUCAAUUUGCGCAAUGGCAAGCAUCUGGCACUUCAUGCAGCCCGCGCAGCCGCCAUCCAGUCGAUGGUAACCAGCUUUGUCCAGGAGUUCCGUAAGUCACAAUCGAAGGCCUCCACCUUGUCAUCCGGUGCCCGUGCCGCCGCCCAGACUCUGAAUGUGCCGCUGGAGCGCCUGGAGUCCCGCCAGGCGCACGCCCAGCGCAACGAGCACGGCGUGGAUGGAGGAUCACGACAGAAUGAGCAGGUACAGCAGGCAGAUCUGCAUCAUCAUCUGCAGCAACAGCAUCAUCAGCAACAGCAGUUAGAGGAUGCCCUGGAGGAGCAGCAUUUGUCCUCCGAUCACCACCAACAGCAGCAGCAGCAGCAACAACAGCAGCAAUUGGGUCAGCAGCAGGGUCAGCAGCAGCGCUUCCUUAAGCAGCAGAGCUAUCUGCACUCUGCCCGUAAGUCGAAUGCCGGGCAGCAGCCUUCCUCCCUGACCAAUGGACAGGUCCACCAGCAAGAACAGAUCCUGCAGCAGCAACAGCAGCAGUCGCAGUCAUUGCCGCACCAUGACCUGGAUGCCAAUUAUCUGCAGGAUGAGAGCAAUGGCGGCACACCGCCUUCCGUGACCAAGUACUCGCUGCUCCAGUUCGCCAUGCAGCACUUCCGCAAUGACCAACUGAGGGACGCUGACCGACACCAUGAGCGGCAUCAGUCCGCCGCGAAUCGCUCGUAUGCGGAACUGGUGAAGUGGCAGGGCCACGCCAUACGUCUGCCGCUCCUUCGACUACCAAAUGACUUGGCGCCACUGGCGCUCGAGUGCUUUGACUGCAUCCUGCGCUACUGUGGCGAUAUUCCCCUGGAUCCCGACCUUACCGAGGUCAAGUGCGUCUACACUGUGCUUAUGCAUUGUCACAAAUACUUGGCCCUGCGCGAUGAGGUCUACUGCCAGCUGAUGAAGCAGACGACGGCCAACAGGUCACCGUGUCCGGAUAGCUCGCAGCGCGCCUGGCGCCUGCUCAGCAUUUUGGCGGCGUACUUUGGCUGCUCGGACGCUCUGCGUCCCUACCUGAUGGAGCAUCUGACUUCGGCGGCCUCCGACCGACGGCGUUCGUGUCAUGGUACGGCAGCCGUUUGUCUAACCAAUCUUCGGAAGACAGCACGUUGUGGCGGCAGGAAGAAUGUGCCCAGUGUGGAGGAAGUGACAGCCGUGUCUGCCGGUCGUUCGGCUCGAAGGCAGAUCUACCGCCUGCCCGGAGGAGCAGAGCGAGUGGUCAACACCCGCUGCUCCACCGUGGUGGCCGACGUCAUCGCCGAAUUGUGUGCGCUGCUUGGCGUGGAAUCCGAGGCUGAGCAGCAGGAGUUCUCCUUGUAUUGCAUUGUCCAGGGCGAUGCCUUCACCAUGCCACUGGCCGCCGAUGAGUAUAUUCUGGAUGUGACCACAGAGCUGCUGAAGUCCGGGCAGCCCUUCUACCUGAUCUUCUGCCGCUCCGUUUGGCACUUUGCCCUAAAGCGAGAACCGGCACCAAUGCCUCUGUACGUGGAGGUGCUCUUCAACCAGGUGGCUCCGGAUUAUCUGGAGGGUCUGCUGCUGGAACUGCCCGGCAACGGAGUGCCAGUACCGGAAAUGGUCAGGGAUAUGGCUAGGAUUGCAGCCCUGCUGCACCGGGCCGCCGAUCUGAGUCACGUGCCCGCGAUGAAGGAGAUCAAGUUUUUGCUGCCCAAACCGGCGCUGGGAAUUCGCGAGAUCCGACCUGCACAGUGGGUGGGACUUGUUCAGUCGGCUUGGCCGCAGGUGGCCAACUUGAGUCCCGGCCAGGUGAAGGCACAGUUCCUCAACGUGCUGGCCACAUGGCCGCUCUUCGGCAGCAGCUUCUUUGCGGUGAAGCGCAUUUGGGCGGAAGAGGGACCGCAUGUGGAGGACAAUCACAGUCCCAUGUGGCGUGACCUCAUCCUGGCACUUAAUAGACGUGGCGUCCUCUUCCUGGAUCCCAACACCCACGAAACCCUGCAGCACUGGAGCUUCAUGGAGGUGAUAUCCACGCGCAAGGUUCGAUCAGAGGAUGGCGCCCUUUUCCUGGACAUGAAGGUGGGCAACCUGAUGCAGCAGCGCGUCAUACGCGUCCAAACGGAGCAGGCCCAUGAGAUCUCGCGCCUGGUGCGCCAGUACAUCACCAUGGCCCAGAUCAGUCAGCGCGACAAGCGGGAUCUUAACUAGGCCCCCCGACAUUGGCUCCUUGCAUUACCCAUAAUUAUUAUUAUUCGUAUCGAUAUCGUAUUGAGUUAUUCUCCACACCCACACAAACACACAUUUUUUUGUCGUUUCGUAAGACUACUACCACAUACAUAUAUUUAUUAACGCCCAUAUGCAUGAGACAUAUGUAUGUUUAGAUGUUUAUAUGUAUGUUUUUGUUGUGCUGGUUUCUGUAAUCCUUGAUCCUUGAUUUCCUGAACAAAUAAAAAGAACAACCGCUCACUCCCCCAACUCGGUGGCGCUACGAUGGCCAUAUAGAUCCCCCUUUAACCCGCUCAAAGUCUCCCCUUUGUCUUAAGUUUAAGCGAACCAAGUGCAAUCCGAGUGCAGGAAUUGAACUCUAACCUUGUGACCCCCUUUCCCCCCAAACCCAAUCCUCAUUUCGAUUCAACGAUUUCUUGUAGCACUUAAGAUUAGCAAACUUUAUUAUUAUCAUUUUUUUUUUUUUGACAUUUGUUAAAUCGAAAAUUGCUUAGCUUAAUCCCUAAAAUUAUCAUAAAUAAAUACAAUUUAUAUAUGUAUAUCUAUGUAAAA